CCCUUUUUGUUAUUUGAGACUGAAUUACAUCGUGAUACACAUGCAGAUGGCGUAGAUCAGUUUAAUUUCAGAACUUGUUUUUGCUUUUGUUAGGGUUCAAAUCAAAUUACCCAAUUCACUUGUUAUCAUUCACUAUUUCUGUGAAGUAGAGUUCCAGCAUUGUAGAGCAUCGUAUGUAUGUAAAGAGAAUUGGAUUGGAGCAGUUGAUCAGCCUAACCAUACAUUAACCAAUGGCGAUUUAGGGGAGAAAAGAGUAGUUGAUCAUCCCAAUGGAAAUGUAGAGAAUAUAAUAAUGGUGAAAAGGGGAGAAUUAACAAUAUUAUCUGAAUUCCAUUGACUAAGGAGGAGAGAAAGGGGGACCAAACAGUGAAGGGCAAACAAAUUGGAUUUGUAGAUAUAGUUGGAACAGUACAGCUGUAGGGCAAAGAUUUUUGCAGACAGUGUUUUGGGAAUUCGGUUGUGCCUUCUCCCUCUUCCAAUAUUUCACUUUUUCACACUUUGGGUUUACCAUGUAUAUUUAAUUCAUUUUAAAUUCAAAAAGUGAAAGGAGAGUAGAUACAAAAUAGGGGUGGGGUUGGCGUUGGCGUGUAGUGCAGGUGCAAUCCGGCAUAAGCGCCACAAGCAAAGCCAGACGAGACCACACUGACAGACAAAAGAGAAAACUCGCUGCCACACCCAUCUCUCUCUCUCUCUCUGUGAGAAUCUACACCUCCACUGCGUGUGAAUCUGCCUCGCUCGUGCCUCUCCUUCAUUCGCACCGUCUGUAGCAGUAAGGCUGACGCAUACACGCCCUCUAUUAUCUGACAAUAAUGAACGAGAAUGACCAAGUGGUGCAUUACAUGGACAACAGCUACUCUUACCCUGUCUCUGAGGGUUAUGUUGAUUACUACAGCGGUGCUUCAACAGCCCCUUUGAAUUAUCUUAACUUCGCCCCAAUGCAUGAUCAGGAAUCGAUAUAUUGGUCAAUGCAUAUGAAUUCCUAUAAAUAUGGACAACCCAAUCCAGAGGGUUUCUAUUAUGGACUCUAUGAUGACAAUGACCUUCCUCCAAGAAUGGAUUCUAACAGGAGAGUUUGGGAAUAUUCCUCAAUGGCAACCACAGAAGAUCCUAUAACUGUAGACAUACCACCCGAACAAAGUGUGGUUUCUGAAGUGCAUUCUAUUCCUGAGGAAAGUGUGGUUUCUGAAGUGCAUUCUAUUCCCGAGGAAAGAUUACCAAAUGAUCAAGAUGCUGCCAAUGAUGAGGUUGCAUGGCAAGAUGAUAUUAACCCUGAUACCAUGACGUAUGAGGAACUGCUUGAUUUGGGCGAGGCAGUGGGAACUCAGAAUCGAGGACUUUCUCAAGAGCUCAUUGAUCUACUUCCGACCUCAAAACACAAGUCUGGUGGAAUUUUCUCAAGGAAAAAAUCUGAAGAGAGUUUUUCUUCAGUCCUAAAUUCAAAAGUUUUCAUGGUUUCUUGUGGGAGAACCAGAUGUGUCAUUUGCCAGAUGCGGUAUAAAAGAGGGGACAGACAAAUCAAUUUACCGUGUAAGCAUGCUUACCACACUCAUUGUGGCUCCAAGUGGCUUAGCAUCAACAAGAUUCACUUCUUUCCAGACAUGUCCAGUAUGCAACACUGUGGUAUUUGGUGAUGAUCAGCACAAUGAUUUGCCAAAUUGACUGGAAGUUCCAUAGAGAAGGAGCUAUUUCUUGCACAUUUGUGUUCUCUCAUACAUAGAAGAGCUUUGCAGAGUGUGUAGUUUAGAAAAUCUAGUUCUAUUUGUCAGAGUGGCAUCCAAUUUUCUUUUGUUUUUCUUCUAAAUGAUUCUGAAAUGAUUCUGAAAUCAACAUUUGUUCACGAUAUUACAGUGUUUAUUUACCAUGACAACAGUUUUCAAGCA